AUGUCCUCCGGAGUUCCUACUCCUCGCCGCCAGGGCAGCCAGAUCGACUCGCCCGGCGUCCGGACGCCGCGUCGUCAGGGCAGCCAGUACGAGACCGGUGGUGUCCGGACGCCUCGCCGCCAGGGCAGCAUGUACGAGUAUAACAAGCCCAUCAAGCCAUUGGAGCCGCCCAAUGUCCUCGACCACUACAUCGGUAUCGACGUCGGUACCGGCUCAGCCCGCGCUUGCAUCAUUGACGAGGCUGGCGACAUCAAGGCCCUGGCUGCCGAGGACAUCAAGCUCUGGAAGCCCGAAGUCGGUUACUACGAACAGUCCACCACAGACAUCUGGCACUGCAUUUGUCAGUGCGUCCGACGCGUCGUGGGCGAGGCGGCCAUUGACCCGGACUCGAUCAAGGGCAUCGGCUUCGAUGCUACCUGCUCACUCGCCGUUUUCCACACAGACACUGACGAGCCUGUCACCGUGACGGGGCCCGAUUUCUGGAACGAUGGCGAGGAUCGCAACGUCAUCCUUUGGCUCGACCACCGCCCCGAGGAGGAGACGGACAAGAUCAACGCCACCAACCACAAGCUGCUCAAGUACGUCGGCGGCAAGAUGAGCAUUGAGAUGGAGAUCCCCAAGGCCCUGUGGCUGAAGAACAACAUGCCCCCCGAGCUCUUUGAGAAGUGCAAGUUCUACGACUUGACGGAUGCGCUGACCCACCUGGCCACCGGCAACGAGGUGCGCAGCUUCUGCAGCACCGUCUGCAAGCAAGGGUACGUGCCCGUCGGCGUCGAGGGCAGUGAGAAGGGCUGGCAGGAGGACUUUUUCGAGGAGAUUGGUCUGGGCGACUUGGCCCAGGACAACUUUAAGCGCAUGGGUGGUGUGCACGGCGUGAACGGCAAGUAUGCCAGUGCUGGUGACCAUAUUGGCGGGCUGUGCCGCACUGCUGCUCUCCAACUCGGUUUGCCCGUGGGCAUCCCCGUGGGCAGUGGCGUCAUUGACGCCUAUGCUGGAUGGGUCGGUACUGUUGGCGCCAAGGUCAAGCUGACCGGCGAUGAGCUCAACCCUGAUCAACCCCACAACGAUGUCUCCCAGGCAUUCUCGCGCCUGGCAGCCGUUGCUGGCACCUCCACCUGCCACUUGGCCAUGUCGAGGAACCCCGUGUUUGUCCCCGGUGUCUGGGGCCCUUACCGAGAUGUGGUUCUGCCCGAGUUCUGGAUGGCCGAGGGAGGUCAGUCGGCGACGGGUGAACUGCUGCGCCACGUGCUCGACAUCCACCCAGCCUACAGCGAGACCCUCGCCCUCGCGCGCGCCGAGGACAAGCACAUCUACGAUUUUAUGAACUCCCACCUCGAGUACAUGCGCGAGCAGAGGGGCGCGCCUACCAUCUCGUACAUGGCACGCCACUACUUCUUCUACGGUGACUUUUGGGGCAACCGCUCCCCCAUCUCGGACGCAAGCAUGCGUGGCGCCAUGAUCGGCAUCGACAGCGACAAGAGCACCGACAACAUGGCCAUGUGGUACUAUGCCACCAUGGAGUUUAUCGCCAUGCAGACGCGCCAGAUCAUUGAGCAGAUGAACAAGGCCGGCCACCAGAUCUCGUCCAUCUUCAUGUCGGGCUCGCAAUGCCAGAACCCCAUCCUGAUGGAUCUCAUCUCCACCAUUUGCCAGAUGCCCGUCCUGAUUCCUCGCUACGUCCACGCCGCCGUCGUCCACGGCGCGGCCAUGCUCGGUGCCAAGGCGGCGAGUCACGCCUGGGCCCUGAGCGUGCCUGGUGCUGAGUCCGAGACGCUGUGGAGCAUCAUGGAUCGCAUGAGCAAGACCGGUCGCGUCGUCGAGCCCGGUCGGAACAAGAAGGAGAAGGCUCUUUUUGAUGCCAAGUAUGAGGUCUUCCUCGAGCUGUGCAACAGCCAGCAGGCCUUCCGCAGCAAGGUUGACAAGGCUGUCGAUAGCUGGGAGGUCGAGGCGCCUUCAGCUGAGUGA